AUGUUUUGUAUAAGACACAUUGGCAGUAACUUCUUAAGGGCAUUCAAAGUCCCUCACUUGCAGAAGCUUGUUGUCAACAUAGGGUAUUCAAAAACGGUGGAGGAGUACAAUAUCAACUAUAAGAGGUUGGAAGAGCGAGGCGAGGCAUAUGCCAGGUGGUGCGAUGCCAUUGGACUCAGACAUUGGGUAUUGGCAUUCGACGAGGGACAUCGAUGGGGCCAUAUGACAACGAACCUUGUCGAGUGCAUUAACUCAGUGUUGAAGGGUGCCCGUAAUUUACCUGUGUUGGCGCUGGUCCAAGCAACAUAUUAUAGGUUAAAUGAACUCUUUACGCAGAAGAGUGCCGAGACUCACGAACGCAAGCGUGCUGGAUUUACGUACUCUGCUGGGAAUAUAGUUGUCCACCGCUUUGAUAGACGAAAUGAUGUGUUUGAGGUGCACGAAAUGACUACUGAAAAGGUGUUAGUUGUUGAUCUUGCACGACGGACGUGUGACUGUGGGUACUUUCAGGUUGAACGAAUACCAUGUCGCCAUGUUAUUGCUUGUUGUGCUAACCAGCGUCUCGAUUGGCAGUUGUAUGUGCAUGAUGUGUACAAGAUGGCGGAGGUUUGUAAGGUAUAUAGAUUUGAGUUCACACCAUUAGGAGAUCCCGAGACAUGGCCUGCUUAUGAGGGACCCACAUUGGUCGCUAAUCCCACCCUGAGGUGA